UCUCGCGUCCGCCUCCAGCCACCCCACUCUCUCCCACUCCACGAGCGCUGCAAGCGAGAGCGAGAGCUCGAGCUCCGCGGAAGCUAGGGUUUCCCAUUCCAUGGAGUUCACCGGAUCAUCAGCGGCGGCGGCGCGGGGGUGGCGCCGUCAGGUGAUGUCGGGGAAGGUGGCGUGGGCACGGAGGGCGCUGGCGGCGGCGGCGGCGGCGGGGAGGGCCCUGCCCGCCGUCACCCUCGGCGUGGGCUGGGUGACCGCCGCCGCGGGAGUCCUCCCCGCCAUCGCCGGGCGCUGGGUCGGCGGCGAGGCGGGGCUCGCCAUGGAGCGCGGCGGCUUCGCCGUCCUCGAGGCCGGCCAGUUCGCGUUCGCGCUCCUCGUGUUCCCCACCGUCGUGCCGCAGCUGUUGGCCAUGGCGAUGGAGAGGCUGCGCGAUGCUGGGCCUCCGACCCUGAUGGAAGACAGGGAGAUGCUGGUAAGCACAAAUGCAGCAAUGGAAUUGCCACCGGAGCAGCAUCCUGAAUGCAGAGUAAAAUGGAACCAGAUCAUUAAAGAAAUCGAGUUCCCAUGCAAAAUUGGUUUCGUUCUUCUAGGGUUUGGGAUGAUUGGCAGUCUGAUCAUUGGAUUUUCACCAGAAAACGAAUUUAGCAGACAGAGUAUUGGCUGGAUACUUGCUGAUGUUGGAUUAUUUGGUUGGCAUGCUUUAUCAGUAUUCUUUCUACUUCCAAAAGUGAUCCGCGCAGUUUGGAUACAUUCCUAGAUUGGAAGUGUGGCUGCUGAGGUAGCAUUAUAUUCUGGUACAAGUUUUGGGGACCUAGGAGUUAUUGGAGCAUACUGUGACAAAUCCACUUCCCGGGAUCUGCGAGCUAUUGGAUUACAUGCAUGAUAUCUCGCCCUUUUUCUUUAUGAUUCCUAUGAUACUAUGAACAAUGUUUGGAAUUAAUUACCAGAUGCGAUGCUUAUUUAUUUUAGGUGUUGCUUUGAGUUAGCGUUUCUCCUGCGGUUAAAAACGAAAACAUUGAAUGAAUGAGUCGCGUUCGUAUUUUAAAUUCAGGCAUGUUUUGUAUUGAACUAGGUGAUCUGUUUAUGUACUGGCAUGGUUGAUACUUGAUGGACCUUCGGGGAAGUGAUUUGUGUCUGGGUUUCUUCUGCUACAA